UGACUUCAGAGGCGUCCGCCUGUCCCCCGCCGCACCUGAGCCGCUGCGAUGCUGUAGGACCGCCGUCUGGACCGUUAUCCGCCCGCACCCGCCUGCCGCCACCAUGCCGCGCUCCUUCCUCGUCAAGAAACAUUUCAACGCAUCCAAGAAGCCCAACUACAGCGAACUGGACACACAUACAGUGAUCAUUUCCCCGUAUCUCUAUGAGAGUUACCCCAUGCCUGUCAUACCAAAACCAGAGAUCCUCAGCUCAGGAGCAUACAGCCCUAUAACUAUGUGGACAUCGGCGGCUCCAUUCCACUCCCCUCUACCCAGUGGUCUUUCUCCUCUUACUGGAUACUCCUCACCUUUGGGGCGAGUAAGCCCCCCUCCUCCAUCUGAUACUUCAUCCAAGGACCACAGUGGUUCAGAAAGUCCCAUUAGUGAUGAAGAGGAAAGACUGCAAUCCAAGCUCUCAGAUCCCCAUGCCAUUGAAGCUGAGAAGUUUCAGUGCAAUUUAUGCAAUAAGACCUAUUCUACUUUCUCUGGGCUGGCCAAACAUAAGCAGCUGCAUUGUGAUGCUCAGUCUAGGAAAUCUUUCAGCUGCAAAUACUGUGACAAGGAAUAUGUGAGCCUGGGUGCCCUUAAGAUGCACAUUCGGACCCACACACUGCCUUGUGUCUGCAAGAUCUGUGGCAAGGCUUUCUCCAGACCCUGGCUGCUUCAAGGACACAUUAGAACACACACAGGGGAGAAGCCUUUCUCUUGCCCUCAUUGCAACAGAGCUUUUGCAGACAGGUCAAACCUGAGGGCACACCUGCAGACCCACUCUGAUGUAAAGAAAUACCAGUGCAAAAACUGCUCCAAAACCUUCUCCAGAAUGUCUCUUCUGCACAAGCAUGAGGAGUCUGGCUGCUGUGUGGCACACUGAGUGGUGUAACCAGUGUUUACUCGAACAGAAUGCAUUUCAUCACUCCAAUGCCAAAUGCCAAAUGAAAGUCCAAAGCCAUUUUCUCUUGUGCUUACCUACCAAAUAAUAUGUAUAGACACAUACAAGAAUCUCUCUCAUACACAAACACACACACAAACACACACACACACACACACACACACACACACACACACACACACACGAAACUACAGAACAUAAUCUAUAUGCUUAAAAUUAAUCCUUUCUAUGUGAAAUUUAAAGUUAUAUUUACUGACAGCUAGAUUGAAAGGCUAAAAGACAAGAACCUUUCUCUUUAAAGAUGAAGUGAAAAGCACAUUGCAUCUUUUCUUACUAAGAAAGAAUGUGGAGAUUUACAUUGCUGCCAAACCAUUUCAACUAAAAGGAACAGUAUUGCUUCAAAAUAGAGCUAUAAUAGUGUUUCCAAGAGGAAGAGAGUCUGCCAGAUGCUAUCUCAGGUGCCUUAUAAAAUACUCCAUGUUUACUUCCUUACAUGUCAGAUGUCUGGUUGUCAUCGGUGAAUGAAAGCCUUUUCUGGAUUACCUACAAUGCUUUAAACUCUAUUGUUAAGAGAAAAAAUAUGAGAAAAAGAACAGAACACAAGAGAAUGUAUUAAAAUA